AUGCAAAGGAUCAAAACCUUAGGGCGCACUCUCAUAUUCCCUUCUCACACUCCCUUCCUUCACGACCACUCCCUCCCUCUCUCCCACCUAGACACCGACCCCAACCUCCACCUCACCUUCCGUUACCUCCGCGCGUACACUUCAACCGCUUCAACAACCUCCCUCGACCCCUUCCAAGUCAUAUCCUCCUCCCUCUCCCACGCGCUCCCCCACUUUUACCCCCUCGCCGCCACGCUACGCCGUCGCCCAACCUCCCCCAACCGCCUUGAACUCUGGUGUGCCGCUGGCCAGGGCGUUCCCCUCGUCCGCGCCGCAGCCGAUUUCACUCUCCACUCCGUCCGCCACCUCGACGACCUGGCCUCGCCUCUCGCGGAGCAGUUGGUGCCCGACCCGGGACCCCAGGAGGGGCUGGAGCACCCCUGCAUACUCCAGGUGACGGUCUUCGCAUGCGGAGGGUUCGUCCUCGGCGCCGCCAUUCACCACGCGCUGUGCGACGGCAUGGGCGGCACGCUGUUCUUCAACGCGGUGGCGGAGCUGGCGCGUGGGGCCUCGCGGAUGACGGUAGAGGCGGUGUGGGAGCGUGACAGGUUGAUGGGUCCCAGAGACCCGCCAAGAGUGGAUUCAGCGUUAAUUUAUGAGUUUUUGCGUUUGGAAAAAGGGUUAUUGCCGUACGAAGAUGGUGUUGGUGGGGUUGCUAGAGAGUGCUUUCACGUGAGGGAUGCGGGCUUGGACAUGUUUAAGAGGUACUUGUUGGAGCAAUCUGGGUUGAACUUCACCGUUUUUGAGGCUCUUGGUGCCUACAUUUGGAGGGCUAAGGUGAGGGCCUCUGGAAUCGAGGGUCAUGAGAAGGUGAAGUUUGCAUACUCAAUUAACAUACGGAGACUAGUAAAGCCACAACUCCCUGGUGGUUACUGGGGAAAUGGUUGUGUGCCAAUGUACGUAGUGGUGAGUGCCAAAGACUUGGUAGAGAAACCCGUCUGGGAAACUGCAGAGCUAAUAAAAAAGAGUAAAAGUAAUGUCAGUGAUGAGUAUGUUCGGUCAUACAUAGAUUAUCAGGAGCUGCAUUAUGGUGAUGGGGUCACAGCAGGAAGAGAGGUGAGUGGGUUCACUGAUUGGAGGCAUUUGGGGCAUUCAAGUGUGGACUUUGGGUGGGGAGGCCCAGUUACUGUUUUGCCCCUUGGAAGGAACCUGCUUGGGAGUGUUGAGCCUUGCUUCUUUCUGCCUUAUUCAACUACCUCUGCUCAUCAGAAGGAGGGCUUCAAGGUUUUGGUGAAUCUGAGACACUCUGCAUUGCCUGCUUUCAGACAAGACAUGCAAGUGUUCUCCAGUAGCCAAGACCAGUGGCCAAGUCACAUAUAG